CAAGCUUAGAUAUAUAUUUUUUUUCUUCCUCAUUUUCAUGCGGGUCUGCUGUGUCUUCUUCCCGAUCCUUCCUCCCGAAAAGCCCCCAAGCCACAGACUUUCUCCCCUUGAAAAACCCGGUGAAGGCCUCUUGAAAUUUCCCUGCUUUCUUGCUCAAGAACCAAGUCUCAAGCCUAGAACUCUCUCCCUCAACCCAGAAAUUCCAGAUCUGCCCUGCGUCUUCCUCCCCUGCCGCCGGUUUCAACUGGUGUGGGUGUGAGAUUUCGGUUUUUUUUGCUUUUCUCCCAAUUUUCGCCAGCCGUGAACCUGCCAAGCUCGGUUUUCGUUGCCAGAAUUUGCUGGUAGUGAGACCCGACGCAUGGGGAGCCCGGGAGAGUGACGAGCUAGACAGCUAGGUACUUUUGGACUUAGAUUUUUGUAGCUAGGCCGUUAGUCACCAUGCUUGACUUAGAAAUUUGUGUACAGAACUUCCUUAGUUUUAGUCAUGAUCGUAUUUAGGAAGUGAUAAAUUUGUACAUCUUGACUGGUAAAUAUUUGGUAAAUAAAAAGGUUUAGAUCUGAAUUGCAUGAAUUGCUAAGUAAGAACUUAGUAGGUUUCGAGCCUUGUGCAUUUGUGGGCCUCGCUCACGAGUGCACGGCGUCUGUCUUGCUCCGGGGUUUGGGGCAUGACACAUGUUCUAUUAUAAGAGCAUAAGUAGAAAAAUGCAAACUCAAAAUUUUCUUUUGUUGUUGUAAUUUCAUGUUCUCAUGUUAUUAAAAAUGAUUAUAACAUUCUCUAAAGGAUUUUGCUAUUACUUCAAUUCAAGUUUCCUUCUUGUAUCAUUAUUUCACUAGCCUGAUAUGUUGUGGUUGCAUAUCCUGGUCCAUCAUAAAAUGAUGUUGGGAUUGUUCCACUAUACCCCAUAGAUUACAUAGAAUAACACAAUUGAAUUUGUUCUAUGCAUUAUCGCAUUUUCAAUAAAUUCUUCGAAGUUUGAUAAAUUUUUGUAAUUAAAAUUUAAUUUUUUUU